AUGGACGGUCCAGUCGAUAGAGAGGAGGCCGUGUACCUGGCCAAGCUCGCCGAGCAGGCGGAACGCUAUGAUGAGAUGGUGGCGGAGAUGAAGAAGGUCGCGCAGAUGGUGCACGACCAGGAGCUGUCCGUGGAGGAGCGCAACCUGCUGUCCGUGGCCUACAAGAACGUGAUUGGGGCCAGGCGCGCAUCCUGGCGCAUCAUCUCCUCCAUCGAGCAGAAGGAGGAGUCCAAGGGGAACGAGGAGAACGUCAAGCGCAUCAGGAAAUACCGCGAAGUG